UUUGGAGCAGCUUAAAUUCAUGUAUGAUGAUUUAUUUAAAAAAUAAAAAUAAAAAGACAAAAACUGACUAAUCAGGCACCUGCAUUGAUGUAACUAGUUUACGUGUUUAACUUAACAAAUCUUCAUUUGUUUGUUCUUCAUCUAAUGUGCCAAAUCUGUUACAAAACACAAUGUCCCAUAAUCCCCUUCGGUUUUGUUGUGCUUUUUACGAAUGACGUAGACGUGUUUUGAAGUUUAGAGUUUGUUCAGCUUAUAACCAACCCCUGGCUUUUCUGCCCUUCUUGGACAUGUUUUCAUAAACUGCCGCUGUUAGAAUGCUGUCUGCUGCUUGUCUGCUCUUGGGCUUUGCACCCUUUCUGGUGCAUGGUGUCCCUCCUAUUUGGACCCAGCCAGAGCAGGUUCAUCUUUCUUAUGCAGGAGUACCAGGCUCUAUGGUGGUAACCUGGACCACCUUUAAUAAGACGGAGAGCACGGUGGAGUAUGGCCUUCUAGGCGGUCGAAUGUUCAAGCUGAUCGCCAAAGGCAGUUCUGCUUUGUUUGUAGACUCUGGAAAGGAGAAGAGGAAGAUGUUCAUCCAUCGGGUUACUCUCAUAGGCCUCAAACCUGCUGCUACUCAUGUCUACCACUGUGGCAGUGAUGAGGGCUGGAGUGACGUGUUCUCCUUCACUGCUCUGAAUGACAGCUCUAGUUUUAGUCCCAGAUUUGCUCUCUAUGGGGAUCUGGGCAACGAGAACCCUCAGUCUCUCUCUCGACUGCAAAAGGACACUCAGAUGGGAAUGUAUGACGUCAUCCUGCAUAUUGGGGACUUUGCCUAUGAUAUGCAUGAGGACAAUGCCAGGAUUGGAGAUGAGUUCAUGAGGCAGAUCCAGUCCAUUGCAGCAUAUGUGCCUUACAUGACCUGUCCAGGCAACCAUGAAUCUGCAUACAACUUUUCAAACUACAGGAGUCGUUUCAGCAUGCCGGGUCAAACCGAGAGUUUAUGGUACAGCUGGGACCUGGGGUCGGCGCAUAUAAUCUCCUUCUCCACUGAGGUUUACUUCUAUCUUGAAUUUGGCCUGGAGCUCAUUUUCAAGCAAUAUGAGUGGCUGAAAAAAGACCUGGAGGAAGCCAACCGUCCAGAGAACAGGGCAGUGCGCCCUUGGAUCAUCACCAUGGGACAUCGGCCCAUGUACUGCUCUGAUGACGAUCAGGACGACUGCACUAAGUUUCAUUCCUUUGUCAGACUGGGCCGGAACGACACCAAGCCACCAGCUCCUGGCCUUGAGGAUUUGUUUUACCGCUAUGGAGUGGAUUUGGAGUUGUGGGCACAUGAACACACAUAUGAACGACUCUGGCCGGUCUAUGGUGACAAGGUGUACAAUGGAAGUGCAGAUCAACCUUAUGUGAACCCCAAGGCUCCAGUACACAUUAUCACAGGCUCUGCUGGCUGCAGGGAAAGGACCGACAGGUUCCAACCAAACCCUAAAGCAUGGAGCGCCUUCCGCAGCACAGACUAUGGCUACAGCCGCAUGCACAUAAUCAACGCCAGCCACAUUUACCUAGAGCAGGUAUCAGAUGACCAGCAUGGCAAAGUGAUUGACAGCAUAUGGGUAGUAAAGGAAAAACAUGGCUUCUCUUCUUGGCUGUGAGGACUCGUCAUUACCAAAAAAAAACUCAUGUGCGCCAAAAUGAUAGAUGUAAUUUACAUUUCCUGAAAUAUGUGACAAUGUUUCAUUGCUUUCCUGAAAAUCAUAUUUUCAUAAUCCUUUGUUUGAUGCUAAUUUUCUGAGAAUGGAUUUAUGAUGUAAUAUUUCCUGGCUAACAAUUAAACCACACUGUUAUAUGUAAACAGUAUUUUGGCGAUCCAUCACUGUUGUCAAAAUUCUGUGUAUCUUCUAAUCAGCAGCUAGUUAGAAAUCCAUUUUAUCUAAUUCUUGCCGGAAUUAGCUAUCGACAAAAUUGUAAAAAGACACAUUGUGAGUUUGGCAGACACCGCAUUUAACUUCAGAGGAUAUUUUUCUUUUCAAACACCUCCAAACAGACUUCAAAUGUUUUUCAUUGUUCCUGGACGAGAGACUCUCUCAGUUAGUCCCUGCAGGAUAUUAGAAGCUUUUCAUUGUCCAUCUAUGUGGUCGUCAAGAUCUGAUAGAAAAACCCAUAUCAAACUCCUCAGAGUUAUGGAACUCAGGAAUUCCUAGUUGGAGCAUGUGCAAAAAUGAACAACAUUAAAAUAUGGGCACAAUAACUUAUAAUAACACAAUCUCUGUAAUGUUUUUGUAUUAUUCUGCUUAUUGCAUGCACAAGAAAUUAGUCUUUGUUUAAUAUGGUACUCCUAGGUUUACACACUGGUUAUUACCAAAACACAUGGGGUUACUUUAAAUUAAACCCUCGAUGGGAACUGCACAAGGACUUUCUCCAACAAAGGACCCAAAGCAUGAAGUCAAGAAGUCGUUCUUCACACAACAUGUCAAAACAACUAUUAAAGCUGCUUCAGAAAAUCCAGAAGUGGUCGGGCGUCAGUAGCGUGUCUGUAACUUACCGCAGCGUUGUUGAGGUUAAAUGAUGUUAGCCCAAAGCUCUGCUUGCAGGAAAAAUAAUGAUUCCUCACAUUCUCAUGCAACCCAGACCAGAUUGCAAAGUCAUGUAAGUCUCAGUAGAGAUGGGCAUUAACAAAACACUGGAAGGUUUCAAAGGUCGGCUCUGUCAUCACACCGUCAUCCAUCUCUGUCUAAAGUAUGACACAAAAACAGAUGACUGGAAAGUUUCAGUAAUCAGCAUGACUUGUGUCACACAUGUACAGUACUUUGGGUUUUCAUUGGAUAUGAGUUUUACAUCAUCAACAGUUUGCAUGUCUUGCUAAACUAGAGUACCCAGUUUGAGCAUUGUUUUGGGUUGGAUUAAUUAUAAAUAAAUGUGAGGACUGACAGGUUGAGUUUAACAACCCAAAUUCACCUUUAUGCCUAUUAUUUUACUUAUUGAUUUUGUAUAAAAAUGUAAUUUCUUUACUUUUCACUACAUCUGAUCUUAAAUAAAUCACCCGUGUUUUCCGUACUAUAAAGCGCACUUAAUAGGCUUAAUUUUUCCUUUAUUUCUUAUAAAAAACAACAGUGUCCCUUAGACCCUGGUGUCCCUUUUAGCUUUAUGGAUAAAUUCUUGUUGAGCUCACUGGUGUUGAUGCAAUUUCUUUUUUUACACUAUAUUAACAAGGGUGGAAGUUAGCGUAGUCACUGUAACGUUUGUUUUAGUGAUAUCAGUCUGUUUUUUAUGUGUUGCAAACAAGGAUGCGAGUUACAGGUAAUGGAAAUAUGCUAACAUGGCUGACGUGCAGCGUGUUACUAUAAGGUUUAGAGAAAAGUGUGAAUAAAGUUAAUAAUGUCUGAAUGA